CUUCCUUUUCGGGCUGCACCUCUUCAUCUGUCACUUUAUCCUUGGUAUUCGAGGAGAUUGAAUGCAAACUCGGUCUGGAAUACUGAAGUGACUGUGAAAAUGGAGUUAAAGUACUGGCUACUGGCGGUUGGUGUGGUGGUGGCGAUGUCCUACGUUUCUGUUGAAGGCGCACCUGGUACUGACUGUACAGGAAAUGUAACACUUUGUAACGCCAACGAGACAUGUAACAACAACAAAUGCGCUUGCAUACCCGCAUACAAGAACAUGAGCAGUGAAUGCGUGGCUAAAGGAUACGACGAUGCUUGCACUGAUGCCGCGGACUGUAAAUCAGGGCUGUUAGGAGCCAUGGGGAUCUGCACAUCCAACAAAUGUGCCUGCAUGACCGGAUACUCCGUGUAUAUGAACAUGUGCAGGAGAGGAUACAACGAUACUUGCACAAAUUCCGAUGAGUGUACAUCAGGGCCGUUAGGAGCCAUGGGGAUCUGCACAACCGGCAAAUGUGGCUGCAAGACAGGUUACUCCUGGAAAGCCCCAACGUGCCAAUCGGUCAAUGGGGCGGCAGGUCUGACCAUAUCUAUAACGCUGAUGCUUGGAGCCCUCUUGUCCAAGAAUAUAUUUUAGGACAAGCAACCAUCGACACUGAAUACUUUAGAAAAUCUACAUACGAAAGAGAAUACCAAACUUGAAUAUCAAACUAUAAAUGCUUAUCAAUUUCAAAAGUUCAGUUUUUAAUGUGAAUGAAAUUAAUUUAAAUUGACAAUUGCAUAUAAUAACAUAAAUACUUUUUUGAAAUAUCGCUACUAUUGUGAUGUAUUGAAUACAAUAUUUACGCACUCCACAUUAACCUCAAAAUUGCAUGUAUACACAUGGUAAUGUAUUUUUAUAGAGUUGCUUUAAUGUCAGACGAACCAUUAUGUCAUAAACUCACGCCUGCUUAAUGUUUAUCUAACUCAGUCAAUGGUUUUAUGAUCUUUCCACUGACAGUGGAGAGGGAGACCUUUAAAUGUUGACAUUGCAUAAUCUGUUAACCAUAUUUGUUAAUCGUAUAUAAAAUAAAAAAUCAAAAAUU